CGCCUCCAAUCAGGACCAGCGCGACAGCCGCGCUGAGAUUGAACCACAGGUCGGAGUCAUUACUGUCUGGGCCUGCGGCAGAGCCUGACACUGAGCUCAGUGGGAAAGCAUGCCUGAGAGGUAAGUACAAUACAAGCAAGGCCAGCUGAUAGAUGAGGGAUCUUGAAGUAAACAUCCUCUUCACAGUCACUCGAUGGUGAUGUUGCACUUUAUUGCACCUAAAGAGGGCGAAAAUUGGAGAAAUGACGUUAGCCCUACAAGGCUGACCACAGCUUCCUCCAUAGAGUCAAACGCUGGUGACGAGCCCAUCACCCGGACGAUUUCCCCUCCAUGUGGGUAUCCGUUUGCGCUCUGUCACCGAUAACCCAAUCGCAGGCUAGACUGCUGGACAUUCUGGACACCUGCCAAGGGGCAGCGUUUCAUGAUUCGACGAGAUCUAGGCAGCAGCAUUCUGCAGCUCCAUCGUCGAGCCGCCAAGAUGUUUGUUGGAGAUCGUGCCACAGGCCUUGUGGCGUAGAGGGGUUCAGGGCCUCUACUAGGGUCUCAGUGUUGAUAAUAAAAAGCGAGUGGGUGGAGGGGGAUUCCUAGGUAGAAUCCCCAACCUCGACAGAUAUCAUGUCCUUCUUCAAGGAGCUGACGAAGGAGUUCAAGGAGCUCAAGGCUUCGCUAUCUGGUGAAGGAGACAAAGAGAAGGAGAAGGAAAAAGAAAAGGAGAAGGAAAAAGAAAAGGAGAAGGAGAAGGAGCAACAGCAGGCACACGAAAGAGAGGGCCAGCGCGCAUUCGACCCAUCCCACGACCCCGGAUAUGGCGCCGGAUACGGGCCCGGUCCUGGCCCAGGCUACCCUCCCCAGCACCAACAGCCACUAAGCAGUCCACCCCCCAGCGGACCGCCCCUGCCCCCUGGGUGGGUGGCCCAGUUCGACCACGCCAGCCAACGAUGGUACUACAUCGAGCAGGCCACAGGCAUUUCCCGCUGGGAGCCGCCUGCGUACCCGGCGCCAUACGGGCAGUACGGCCAGCCCCAGGUUCCGCAGUAUGCGGGGGCGCCUGUUUAUCCCCAAGGACAGCAGGGUCCGGACCCAUACUAUGGAGGAGGGCCCGGGCAGGAUCGAGGGUAUCACCCGGGGUACGGACCACAGGGAGGGUACGCCCCUGGGUAUGGUUACUCGCAGGGAGGAGAACACUAUAGUGGAGAGAAGUCGGGCAAGGAUAAGGAUAAGAGCAAGGAUGAUAAGAAAGCUAUGCUCCUUGCAGGUGCUGGCGGUCUUGCUGUGGGCGCUGUCGGAGGUGCGCUGAUUGCGAAUGCACUCGACGACUCGGACGAUGAAACCCGCGCGGCGGCAGCAGCAGCAUCGGCGCCGCCAGAGGCCACUGCUCCUCCACCUGUUGGUCUCCCCCCAGAUGAGACGGCGGACGGUGACUCCGUUUCCUCCAGCGACCGUGAGGAGGUUCUGGAGGCUCGACAGGAAUAUGAGCGGGCGCAGCUGGCGGCACAAGACUCCGAUGCAUCGAGCAGUGAGGAGGAGGCGCUGGAAGAGGCCAGGGAGGAGUACGAGGAGAUCUAUGAGGAAGUGUACGAUGACUAGCCUUGUAAACGAUGAAAUAGUGGAAAGUCCUAGGUAGCAGUUGUUGUAGUGUCCCUGGAUAGGACGGAUAGACUUGGAUAGGAUAGGAGAGGACAGGAUAGGAUAUAGAAAUGCAUGUACGUAUGCGUCUAGCUCAGCCUUAACGACUACAAAUGUGCACUGC